AUGAAAGUAACCGUGAGAAAGAGAAAGGCAAAGUCGCUGCCUGAGCUGGUCCAACUGAGCAUAGAUUCGUUUCCCGUCACACACAGAUUUUUCGAUAUUGGAAGUGAGGAGAAGCCGCUUGUAUCGGAACGAUUGCGAACCCGGAACAGAGACUUUCAUAAUUUCUACACCAUCUCUUCCGUCGCCAAAGUUAAACGUUUUCCAAAACUGGUCGACACCUAUGACGUGAAUUACGAUUCGUCGACCCUGCAGAGACUUGAAAUCACGGCUAAAAUAUUGCAUACGCGAAGUUGUCCUGUCACGUGA